AUGACAGCGUUUCGAGUUCUCCUCCAGUUGACAAUAAUAGCAGUAUGUCGAGCGGAAAUCUUUUUCAAGUCUCCUUCGAUGGGAGAAGUAGUUGACUCGGGACCGUAUAAAAUACACGCGGGUGAUGGUGGGAUAGUGCCCACACUCGGGCAAUUUAAUGAUGCGAGUUGGGAAGUGGUUCUUUUCACUGGAAAUGAUACUGCUCCUUUCGACCUGUGGGAAUACAAGUUAUCAGGAUACCAAAUGACGAAUCCAACAACCCAAUCCCCGUCGCUAAAUAUUAGGAGGAACGCCACGAUGAGUUUAGAAGAUAAAUUCUUCUUCGGUUAUCGCUCCUACCUGACUUCUAAUGAAUCUAUUUGGGUCACAGCCUACUCCGACCGAUUUACUCUCACCAAUAUGAACGGCUCUUUGCCUGACAAUGUGAUUGAAGCAAAUAAUAAUGUGAACUCGACGACUGCCCCAAAAAGAUCGAUUUCUUGUGGGGCAAAAUCCGGAGGAGCGUGUGACCAGAAGGUACUAGAAAGCCUAGGACUGGGUGGAGAUCCUGCGAGCAUCACUAGUGCAACGGCGACCGCAACUUCGACAGUGUCAGUCCCGGGAAGUACAGGUUCAUCUGCGGGCACGACUAGUAGUAAGAGAACGAAUGGAGGAGUAAUUGCAGGGAUAGUGUUGGGGUCCGUGGCGGCGGUGUCGAUUGUGAUUGCGGCAGCGGUGUUCUUGGUAAUGAGAGCGAAGAAGAGGAAAUUAUCGAGGGGAGAAAUAUUAAGAAAUGAUGUAGGCCUGAAAGAUCAAGAGACAGGCGCGCUUUGCGAAAGGGAUACUUAUGGAGGAGGGAUGAAGGAAGAUGGAGUUGAAGAUAUGGGCAGACGAGUGGAGUUGGAAGGCAACAGAAGCUACGAAAUGAGUACGGAUCUUCCUCGUUUGGUAGAGAUGCCAGAGAGAUCGGCUUCCAAUAGCCCCGACAGUCUGACAAUUAACAAGAGUUAUCUUUUUCUCACUUAUAAAGUUUGGAGUACACUUGGGACUAAUAACCUUUCCGCAAAGGAUAAUCCCGACACUAGCCUAGCGGUCACAACCUGUGCUGUUUUUGCCUUUGUGCGCCGUCGCCUUAUUCAUUAUCGUGAAGCAGCUACCAUACCACCUACCGAGAAUAAGUCCCAUUUCAUCGACCAGCAGACCGAAGAUUCCUUAGGACUCAAUACACUGAGUAAGCUACUGGACAACCCAAACUAUGGUAUUCAAGAGACUGCCGCAAUCAUCAUUUGUGAACGUGCUCUUCACAAUGACUUCACCAUCAAUAGCCUCCUUCAUGAUAUUAGUCAACCAGAUUAUGACCGACGAGAGAAGGCAAUCAGAGCAUUGGUUCUGAUCGUGAAUAGCUCAACUGUCGCUCCAAUACAUAAGCCCGAAACGUACGAAGCACUAGUCAAGAGUCUUGAAUACUCUGUAAACGACUACGAACACCAUGAGUAUGAUCCAGACUGGGACAACUGGUACCUUCGCGAUAUAGCAGAAAAGAGCUGUCUUAUAUUAAUCCAUGAAUUGAUUCGAAAACACGAUGUUGAGGAGCUUCUAAAGGCAGGAUUUAUAGAACGUUGGUUGGUGAAAGAGCCUUGGGGUGGUACAACUGCAAAGGAACGCUCGAUCAAUUUCAUGGACUCGCUGAACAAGGAGUACCAUUUGAACAUGAUGAUAUUGCCACUGUUCAAUGAUGGAAGGGGCAGGAAAAUGUUAGAAGAGGCUAAACUUCUACCAGCGUCAAGGCAUCUCGUGUCGGAAGGGAGUGAGGAUCAAGACAUGGAAGAUGUCGAGGGCAUGUUAGCUGAGAGGAGGCCAGGAGGUCAAAGCACUGCAGAAGAGCAUCUCAGGAGGCGUCAUCGGGAAGCUAUGGUUCUGAACGACGGUGAUCUAUGGAAUGAAGGAUAUCCUCUUGCACAAAGAAGCUUUAGAAAACAAUCUGUCUCAACAUGGAACGUCAGGAGAGUCGUGGUACACCAAUUUACGGGCUUCACUUCUAAGCUAUCAGAGUCAUCAUCGUCUAGAUUUAGGGUUAGCAAGGGUAGUGCUAUCGGUGACCUCAACAUUGCCAGGGCAUAA